AUGCGGCUCAUCAUACUUUUGAGUGUUUUGGUCGGUGUAUGGUCAGCACCCGUCGAUGUACAUCCACAAUGUGCUGCUUGUCAGAUGUUUUCCAUCGCGUUGGCGAAGAACAGCUUGAAAGGGAACGGAAUCGCUGAAACUCCACUGCAUGUCUGCUCGAAGUUGCCUCACUGCACGGAAACGCUCACGCAUUGCCAGAUAGUGAAUUCACUAAUGGCCGUUCCGCAUGCCAACAUUUCCUCAGAAAUGGCUCAUCGAUUUGCACGAGUACAGUCUCACCUCCAAUCAGUUGUAGAACUCUGUGAAAAAAAUCCGCACGCGGAAGUGCUAGAUGGACAACCUGGGCCAGCUUUGUGCACCAUGUGUUUCUUAAUCUACUACUUUUUCCAGUUCAUGAAUAACGGUAUUCUACAGUUACCACUUCUCAAUCUCAUCCCACAAGUUAUUCAAUUGACUUGUAUCAUUGUCGCUAACAUCAACCAGGAAAUCACUCCACCUGUGUGCCAAGCUCUCCUUGCCGAUGGAGCGAUGCCUGCUCUUCUCAAAGCCAUCGCCGAUUCAAUGGGAUCUUUCUACGAUCUCAUAGCUGUGCAGGGAAUGGGCUGUCCUUCUUACCAAACCCUCUUUGGAACCUGUUAA